GAGAGUCGCUGUUCUCGUAAGCCCUAACAGACGGGUGAAAAACAGAGCGCGAAUCUGUCUCCCCUGCAAUUGUACGAAUUCAACCUCCCUUUCUCUCUCUCUGUAUCUGAAGCAGUAAAGCAGGUUCUCCCUGAGCACACACAUAUGGCGUGCUUCCAAUUGGGAUUGAGAUGUCUCUGCAUAUCUGAUCCUCCGUACACCCUUUUAAGGGGUACGAAUGUUCUUCACGAAUCAGAGGCCCGAACCAAUGCUUUAUUUCGAAAAUUUGUUGUUUGCCCCUUUCAUACGAUCACCCUUCCCAUCAACAAAAACAAGGACGGUCGACUCUGCAAAUCAAAGAUUUUUUUCAUGAAGAGGAUGUUGCCGCAAACCACAUCACUUUAGGGUUUUCCGUUUAGAGAUUUACCUGGUCUCAUCUGCUUUUAUCUCAAGCGGUUGAUUCGUCCCAAUUUCUCGAAGUGCUAUUUUGGAUCUUUGAAGCAAGUCAUGGGUUCAAGCAGCCGAACAGUGGAUUGUUUCUCCUCGGAGAAGCCACGUUUCUUAACGAUAAUGAAUGAACACAUACUCAGUGCUGGGAAGCUUAGUAUACCAAGAAAGUUUGUGACAAGAUAUGGAAUCAACCUGCUGAACAUGGUGAUCCUUAGGGUUCCAAGUGGUGCAGUUUGGCAUGUGGCAUUAUUGAAGGAAGAUGGAGAUGUUUGGUUGUGCCGUGGAUGGAGAGAAUUUGUAGAGUUUUAUUCUCUAGAAUGUGGUCACUUAGUACUGUUUCAACAUGAAGGAUGUAGCGAAUUCGAUGUACUUAUAUUUGACAAGAGUGCCACGGAAAUCCAAUAUCCGUUCUGCCAUGUAUGCGGUGAGGAGCCACAAUCUGAUGGAGAAUAUGAAUCGUCUGAAACAGAAAAUUCUGAAGACGAUGAUUCUGUUCAAAUCUUAGAGGACUUCACCACUAGCCGUGGAGCCGGAAAGAGGGCAAUCGCUAAAUCUCAUCCUGACAUGAAGAUGAAGAUGAGAGACAAUUAUUUGCCUCAUUGUUUUGGCAAAGAAUUUGGAGGUGGAGUUAAGUCUACUGGUUGGAGAAGGGGGAAAGCUGGGGUUGUUGACAGACCAAGGGCAUUGACAUGGAGCGAAAAGGCUGAAGCUUUGAAGAGAGUUGAUUUCCAAUCUGACAAUCCUUAUGUCACGAUUGUCAUGCAACCACGCUAUGUUCUUGGCAAAUAUGAAUUGGCUAUACCGAUCAACUUUGCCAGAAAUCAUCUCCAGAUACAGCACGGUGAAGUCAUCCUCCGUAUUUCUAAUGGGAGAACUUGGUCUACAACCUACAAUUACUAUCCCAACCUAGCAAGACCCAAGGCAACAAUCAGUGUAGGCUGGAGGGAAUUUGUCUGCAACAAUAGCAUAAAACUUGGAGACGUUUGUGUCUUUGAGUUGAUUAGAACCCAUGGAAUCACACUGAAUGUUUUUAUUUUCUGAGGUGUUGGUUAGGAUUAAGACCAAAGUUGCUGAGCUGAAGGUUUCCAUUUUCAGCUACACUGGUUAUCAUUGCUUAUUGCUGGCUAAUGAACUAAUGAUGCUGUUGCGAGCACCGGUGUUAGAACUCCACCAUCCUUCUAUGUUUAUCCUUAACAGAUUAUGACAUUGAUAUUUCUUUGGUAGAUUAAGUUUGUAAACAAUGUGGUGUUAGUCUAUCUUGUUGGACAAUUAGUCCACCAGUUUCUCUAGUA